CGGUGGUGAAGGCGCACGUUGAUUGUACCCGGCUCCACGACUCGCUCCCUCCCUAUAUCCACGACCACCACCGCCUGCAGUGACCGAGAAAGGGGUACCCGCCUUCCUCACUCGUCUGUAUGCCUACCUGAACACUUAUCAAAUAUUGUGCUCAAACUUGAAGAUAAAUACUUAAGUGUGCUUACAAACAAACCGCUGGCAAGAGAACUCAGUUGUGGGAGUGUUUUAAGCUGAUACCAACACAACAGUUCACGAGAUGAGUUGUCCUUACGCGAGGGAAAACGGGGUGGACAGCGCUCAAGACGGGAGGAACCUCGUGGAGGAGUUCGGCGGUAUCACCUACACCUCCUACCUCAAGCUUCACCAACUCCUCAGUGCCCAGAAAUGCUUGUCUACGGUCCACGAUGAGCACCUCUUCAUUAUCAUCCAUCAAGCCUAUGAGCUGUGGUUCAAACAGAUAAUCUUCGAGAUCGACUCCGUACGAGAGAUCUUCAGCCAAGAGGAGGUCGACGAACACAAAAUGUUGGAGAUUGUCAAGCGUAUGCAGAGGGUCACGCUCAUACUCAAGCUGUGUGUGGACCAGUUCCUCAUUCUGGAGACCAUGACACCUCUCGACUUCAUGGAGUUUCGUGAUUACCUCUCUCCAGCAUCAGGAUUUCAAAGCUACCAGUUCAGGCUUCUUGAGAACAAGCUUGGGGUCAAAGGGGAAUUGCGAGUCCGAUACAACCAAGAAAACUACUCAAAGGUGUUUGGUGAUGAACCAGAAGUGUAUAAGGCAAUCAAGACCUCAGAAGAGGAGCCGUCUUUACAGAACUUGGUGAACCGUGAACGCACACCAGGUCUGGAGGAACGAGGCUUCAACUUUUGGGAUAAGUACAAAUUGGCUGUAGACAACAUUCUUGACGAACAACUCCGGGAUGCUGAGGCAGAAGAGAGUGAGAACCUCCGAUCAUAUAUGACUGGUCAGCAUAAGAAGCGUCGAGAAAUGUUUAACAGCAUAUUUGACGUCAGGGUCCAUAAUGCCCUGAUGGCCCGUGGGGAACGACGCCUCACUCACAAAGGCCUUCAAGGGGCCCUAAUGAUUUCCUUCUAUCGGGAAGAACCUCGCUUCAACCAGCCCCACCAGUUACUCACACUACUCAUGGAUGUUGACUCUCUAAUGACUAAGUGGAGGUACAAUCAUGUAAUGUUGGUACAACGGAUGAUUGGAUCUCAGCAGAUUGGCACUGGCGGGUCUUCUGGGUAUCAGUACCUUCGAUCGACACUCAGUGAUCGUUAUAAGGUGUUCCUUGACUUAUUCAACUUGAGCACUUUCCUUCUUCCGCGUAACUCUGUCCCGCCACUGACCCGUCAAAUGAAGUAUCGACUGAGCAUCAUGGAAGACUUAGAUCAUGGGAAAGUAGAGAUGAAGGAAGUGUCUAAACUAAGAACACACGAUUCUUCCUCCGUCACCUUUGUCUCCUCUGACUCCCCAUGUCCUCUCGACAACGGAGAGGAGAAAGUCUUCUCGGAUAGUGACUUGGAUAAGAGUUUGGAGAAUAGUAUGGAAAGAUCCUGCGAGGCUUCAAUGUAAGAGGUAAAAUAAAUUGAUCUUUUGACAGAUACUUUAAAGAAGAUUAAUUUUGUUGUGCAUUUUGUCUCGAUUGCUAUUGACAUGACCAAUUUGUAAUGCAGCAAGUAGUACAGUAGUUCAGAAAAUCUUUCAAUUGUUUUGGCAUGGUACAAAUGUCCCUUUCUGUUAAGUUUAAAAGUCUAUGUAAGUGUUCAUAUAUCUUUAGUUAAGAAAAGUUAUAUUUAGGUGAAAUGAUGAAUAGCAUCAACACAGUUAAUAGUAGAUAUAUUUUUUACUCUACCUAAAUGUACUUUCUUUUCCUCAAUGGCAUAGGAGGAUUUGAAGAACUUUAUUGUUUUUUAAACAAAUAAUGAUAAUAAUCUAUAAUAUACAGGCAUUAAUAUAAAUGGUACAAAUAUUUUCAUUAUAUAUACUAAAUUAGGGUUGCCAUACGUCCGUAUUUUCCCGGACAUGUCCUCCAUUUAGGUCUCGAAAUCUUCA